AUGGCUGACCCUGACGGCUCGGCUGGACGAUUGUUCAGCUCGUGCGUAUUCACCUUUUUCCCGAGUAAAGAACUGAGCCAAAGUCUCAUUAGUGAGCUAUCACAGAGUGUUGUCAAGUAUGGCGGCUCAGUUAUCCAACCUAAGCGUGACGACUCUCUUGUGCUUAACGCGGUCACCCAUAUAAUAUCCAACACGAUCGACUUUCCCGAAUACAACGAAGCAUCGGCCAUGAUGAUACCAGUCGUCAAGUCCGACUGGAUCGCUGCGUCGCUGGCUAAGAACAAGCAGGUCCAGAUUCGCCCAUACUCGCCCGACCCUAGGAUGAUCUUCUCCGACGUGGUCCUGUCGUGUGCCGACAUUCCCAGUAGAGAUAAAGAUGCCAUAAUUGGCGCCACCAUGGCCAUGGGUGGAGUCGACUCGGAGAAUAUCACGAGGCUCGUUACACACAUAUGUGCGUUGUCGAUGGACCAUCCGAAAUGCCAGACUGUCAUCGAGAAAAAGCUGAAAUGCAAGAUUGUCCUUCCUCAUUGGUUUGAUGACUGCUUCAAGCUUGGAAAACGGAUCGAUGAAGGACCCUAUCUACUGCCUGACCCGGAGAUACUGCGCGCCCGGCCAGAGGACGACAUAGCAGUGCCUACUAGCCAACACCUCCAGGGUGCGACGUCCGCAUGUCCGGAUUAUUUACCACCUCCAGGCAACGGUUCAGUCGCAGGUCGCCCGAAGCUGAACGUGUUCCGUGGAAGGAAGAUUAUGCUUUGCGGGGAUUUGUCUAUAAGCGACCGACUGAAGGGCAUUGUCCAGGGCCUGAUUCUCGAGAAUGGAGGUGAUAUGACAGACGAAGUGGAUGAGUGCGACUGGUUCAUUUGCCAAUAUCGCGAGGGUAGUCAGUACGUUCAUGCGUCACAUGAACGCAAGGUUGUAGGCAACCUGUCUUGGUUAUACCACCUCAUCGUUCACGACGAAUGGACUUCGCCUAUGCGUCGCCUGCUUCACUACCCGACACCAAAGAACGGCAUUCCUGGAUUCAAAGACUUGAGAAUUACCGUUUCCAACUACGGUGGCGAAGCUCGAAUCUAUCUCGAGAACCUGAUUAAUGCUUCGGGAGCGACGUACACUAAGACAAUGAAGGCAGACAACACGCACCUAAUCACGGCACGGGACAACAGCGAGAAGUGCGAGGCCGCCCGAGAUUGGAAUAUUGACAUGAUCAAUCAUCUCUGGAUAGAGGAGAGUUAUGCCAAGUGCGAACUUCUAAGUAUCUCCACAUCCAAGUACACACACUUUCCUCCGCGAACGAACCUCGGCGAGGUUAUUGGCCAGACCUUCUUGGACGAAACAAAGCUGAAAGAACUGUACUUCCCAGGCGGCCCCAAACAACCCGCUCCCGCUGCGGCUGCGGCUGCGAAGCGAAAGCGUAAGAUCCUGGACGUGACUCAGGAGAACUUAUCUUCUGAUGAUCCAGCUGAAGAAGUCGCGAUAAGUCGUCAAGCUCGAAAGGAGUUCGAUGUCAUGAAAGACAACGACGCUGAUUACGCAGAGAAGACAACAGAAGAUUUUGGUGUUUCUGCCGCUAAGAGACGUGCAGGCCAGUUGACGACUCCGGCGCGAGCUCGCCACAUUCGUGUGGGUAAGGAGAACGAAACGCCAUCCACUGUGUCAUCAACGGGUCGUAGUGCAAAGAGUAGUGCUCUGCGCAGGUUGUCUGAUCUCAAGUCCGAUAUCCAAUUGUAUGAGAAGGAGAAGAAGCGAAUACCCAAGGACGGGGGCCCAUGGGGCGGAAAGCGAGCCGCCGACCUCAUUGAUCGUGAGCACUUGAAUCGCAGAAGCGUCUCGAGUCCAGCUAGCGCCAGGGAGGAUGACGAUGGAGCAGCCAUCAUGUCGAAGCGUCCCGCGAAGAAGGCGAGACCUGCUGUCAAAGAGGUUGAGAUGCGGGUAAUUCUCACGGGAUUCAAGCGCUGGGUCAAUGAUAAACACAAGGAAGACGCUGAUCGCAAAAAGCUGCGCGGACUCGGCGUCGCCGUUGUGACUGAUGGUCAACCGUGUGACUAUCUUGUCGCUCCACAAAUGGUGCGCACUGUCAAGUUCCUUCGCAAUCUGUCCAAGGGUGCGGUUGUUCUAUCGUCAACUUGGAUUGAGAAGUGCCUGGAUGAAGGGGAGGUCCCUCCUCCAGAAGAUUACCUGCUCGUGGACAAGGAGAACGAGAAAAAGUUUGGGUUGAAGCUCCAGACGUCAGUCAACAGAGCGGCGAAGAACGGCGGCAAACUGCUAUGGAACAUCCCAAUCUAUUGCACGGCCAGCAUAAAAAAUGGUACUGACAGCUACAAGGCCAUUGCUGAGGCCAACGGCGCUAUCUUCCUGGUGUAUGCGGCAAGAAGUGGGACCACGAUCAAACCAACCAAUCCCGAAGAAGACGAGGUUGGGCCAGAGCCAGUGUAUCUGCUCAGUACGGCGUCUCCUGAAGAGAAGAAGCUGUGGAAGAGAUUUGAGGACAUGGCACGGCAGGGUAACAUGGAGCCCCGAGUGGUUGCGUCGGAUUGGUUGCUGGACGUUGUGAUGAAGCAGGAGCUGAGCUUCGAUGAGAAGUAUCUGGUAACGAAUUUCUUCGGUUAG